AUGGCCGGCCGGGGUUGCGGCUGCAGCUGCGGCCCGGGCCACCUGAACGAGGACAACGCGCGCUUCCUGCUGCUCGCCGCGCUCAUCGUGCUCUACCUGCUGGGCGGCGCCGCCGUCUUCUCGGCGCUGGAGCUGGCGCACGAACGCCAGGCCAAGCAGCGCUGGGAGGAGCGCCUGGCCAACUUCAGCCGCCGCCACAACCUGAGCCGCGACGAGCUGCGCGGCUUCCUUCGCCACUACGAGGAGGCCACCGAGGCCGGCAUCCGCGUGGACAAUGUUCGCCAGCGCUGGGACUUCACCGGCGCCUUCUACUUCGUGGGCACCGUCGUGUCCACCAUAGGGUUUGGGAUGACAACUCCAGCAACAGUAGAAGGAAGAAUCUUUCUGAUCUUUUAUGGCCUCCUCGGGUGCUCCAGCACCAUCUUGUUUUUCAACCUCUUCCUGGAGCGCCUGAUCACCGUCAUCGCCUGCAUCAUGAAAUCGUGCCACCAGCGGCAGCUCCAGAGGCGGGGGGCCUUGGCCCAGCAGAGCCUGAAGAACCCGGGGAAGGGUGAGGUGGACAGCUCGGCUGGCUGGAAGCCCUCCGUGUACUAUGUCAUGCUGAUCCUGUGCAUGGCCUCCCUCCUCAUCUCCUGCUGCGCGUCCGCCAUGUACACCUCCGUGGAAGGAUGGAGCUACUUUGACGCACUCUAUUUCUGCUUUGUGGCUUUCAGCACCAUUGGCUUUGGAGACCUCGUCAGCAGCCAGAACGCCCGGUAUGCUAGCCAGGGCCUCUACCGCUUUGCCAACUUCGUCUUCAUCCUCAUGGGCGUCUGCUGCAUCUAUUCCUUGUUCAAUGUCAUCUCCAUCCUCAUUAAACAGUCCGUGAACUGGAUCCUGAGGAAGAUGGAUGGCGGGUGCUGCCAGCAAUGCCAAAGAAGACUCUUGCAGUCCCGGAGGAACGUGGUGAUGCCAGGUACUGUCCAGAACCGGUGCAACAUCUCCAUAGAAACGGAUGGAGUCAUAGAGAGUGACACCGAUGGGCGGCGUCUCUCGGGUGAGAUGAUCUCCAUGAAGGACUUCUUGGCGGCCAACAAGGUCUCACUAGCCAUCCUCCAGAAGCAGCUGUCCGAAACGGCCAAUGGCUGCUCCCACCAGACCAGCACUCUGUCGCUGGACGAUGAAUUCUCAGGGGGGAUAGGAGCCUUUGCAAUAAUGAACAACAGGCUGGCAGAGACCAGUGGGGACAGGUAGGGGCAAGGAGAGAAUGGACAACGAGGGUGCUGUCACCCAACUCAGCUCUGUGCCCUGGCUGGGUUCAUUCUGUUCCUUCUAGCCCGGAGCCCAGCUUGAGAAAUCUCAUCUUCUUGUCUCCAGCAAACAGCCACUUCCCAGGGCUGCGGGAAACUGCAGCCUCGAUGCCUUUC